GAAGAAAUGCUGAUUAUGUUAUCUUUGGUAUAGCGUGUGUGUAUUGUAGACGGUCGCAUAUGACAUGUGACUCGGAGCGACCAUGUACCCGAUGCAUCAAACGCAACAUUGGCCAUUUGUGCCAUGACGAGCCGCGCGAGCCCGCCAAGAAGAAUAAUCGCACCGAACCUGAAGACGGUGCAGCUGCGAUUGGCAAUGGGAAUGAGUUUGCGAGUUCGCAUAAUCUGGCGACUGAUGCAGGAAAUCAGUCGAUGUUAUCGGAUUCAUCGUUGAGUAUUCGUCCGUCGACUAUUGACCCGUCGCAGUCCGUCCAAUCUGCUACAAUUCAACCUGCGGCUGGACAGGGGUUGGAUAGAAAUAAUCAGCACAUGUUUGGUUACAAUGCCGGCGGAGCAGGAAGCGGCGACUGGGGAUUGAAUGGACAGAGUAAUGGGUUUCAGGACAUGCAUACAUUCCAUCCGUCGUAUAUGUUCAACGCGCCCGAAGUCACCAAUGAAUAUAACCUGCUUGGUGAUUUCCUCAACAACAGUCUAUUGGACGAUAAUGGGAUGUAUGGCAAUGAAGAGUUACAGGGGAUGUUUUCGGACUCUUCUUUGAUUAAUAUGAGCACUAAUAUCAAUCCCAAUGCUGCGUCAUUUGCGCAGCAACAACAACAACAACAACAGUUGGCACAGUUGGCGCCACAGCAAGCAACAAACACACAAAUUCAACAACCUACUUCCAGCGUAUCUACAGACAAGGCUCGCGAGAACUAUUACAUGACGGCCGCAGACCCCUCCGGAAUGGAUCCCCCAGAAGAACGAAUGAACAAGCUUCUCAAAGCCAAAUACGAAGCCGGCAUGCUCAGACCAUUCAACUACGUCAAGGGCUACGCAAGACUAAAUCAAUACAUGGAAUCACACAUGAAACCCGCAUCACGGCACAAGAUCCUUCGACAGCUCGAUAAAUUCCGCCCGAAAUUCCGUGAACGAAUGCAAAGUCUGACCGAUAUUGAACUUGUUUUUUCUGAAAUGUGGUUUGAACGGAGUUUGAUGGAGUACGAUCGCGUCUUUGCUAGUAUGGCGAUUCCGGCUUGUUGUUGGCGAAGGACCGGGGAGAUUUUUCGGGGUAAUAAGGAGAUGGCGGAGUUGAUUAAUGUGCCCAUUGAAAGUCUGAGAGAUGGAAAACUAGCUCUCCAUCAAAUCAUCACAGAAGACCAACUCGUCAGUUAUUGGGAAAAGUUCGGCGCAAUCGCCUUCGACGGCUCUCAAAAGGCCAUGCUUACCAGCUGUACGCUCAAGAGUCCCGAUGAUGACGAUUCAGCUAAAGGGAUCCCGUGCUGUUUUUCGUUUACUAUUCGUCGAGAUCCGAAUGCCAUUCCGGCGCUUAUUGUUGGUAAUUUCCUUCCUUCCGAGAGGCGUCCUCGUUAGAUGUUGAGUUGAAUGUAUGAUGUCUGUCUUUUUGCUUGAUUCUCGGCCUAUUAUUCUUCUUUGUAUAUGGCGUUUAGAAGGGGGGUUCGAUACCAUUUUGUUAUGGUGUUGAUGGGUUGUAUAUGGGAAUGAAUUAUCAGAUACACUGG